AUGGAAUCAGCAUUCACCAAAUACACCCCAACUGAACCACAAUUACCCCCUAUGUGUAUAACGCUAACCAAAUUCCUCACUACGAGAAUUCAAGAAACUUACAAUGUGUGUAAGAGAGAAAGUCCAACAAAUAUAAAGAAUUGUUUAACUAAUCCAUUUGAAGCAAGACAUAAUUAUGGGUUAGAUAACGAAAGAAAUGAAUUAAUUGUAUAUAGACAUGAUAUAAUAGGGACUUUUAAUUCAUUUGAAGGAAAAGAAUUUUCAAUGAACCCCUAUACUAUUUCAAGGUAUGAAGUAAUAGAAAAGUUAGGACAAGGAACAUUUGGUCAAGUAUUUAAAUGUUAUGAUCAUAUAAAUAAUAGGUUUUGUGCAUUAAAAAUAUUAAAAAAUAAGAAAGCUUAUUUAAGACAAGGUCUUUUAGAAUGUGCUACAUUGUCUAUGUUAAAUACUUAUUUUGAUUCUAAUAAUGAAAGAAUAGUUAAGAUGUAUGAUCAUUUUAUGUAUUGUGAUCAUCUUUGUAUUUCAUUUGAAUUAUUAAAUCAAAACCUUUAUCAAUAUGCUAAAGAAAGAAGACAUAUUGGAUUAGAAUUAAAUGAUAUUCAAAAGAAACUAAUUCAACUAUUAAAGGCAGUAGAAUGUUGUAGUAAAGCAGGAAUUAUUCAUUGUGAUGUUAAACCAGAAAAUAUUUUGAUGACAGAAAAUGGAGAGUUAAAAUUAAUUGAUCUUGGUAGUUCAUGUUUUGAAAAUUAUACAUUGUAUAGUUAUAUUCAGUCAAGGCAUUAUAGAGCACCAGAGGUAGUAUUUAAUAAUAGAUAUAAUAAUGCAAUUGAUAUGUGGUCAGUUGGAUGUAUUAUUGCAGAAUUAUUUUUAGGAGUACCUUUAUUUCCUGCUGAUAGUGAAUUUGAUUUAAUUGUAAGAUUUGUAGAAAUGCUUGGAAUGCCAUCUGAUGAAUUUAUUAAAAAUGGAAAAAUUGCUGAUCGUUAUUUUAAAUUAGUUAAAAGGACUAACAAAUAUAGACUAAAAGAAUCGUUUGAAUUUGAAUGGGAAAAUAAUAUUAAAUUACCUCCUCAUAAAAAUUAUUUAUAUUAUUCUUCACUUCAUGAUGUUAUUAUGAAAAACCCAAUGAAAUUAAGUUUAAAUACGAAAGAAAAUAAUUUUAUUAUACGAGAGUGUUUACUUGAUCUUCUUCAAAGAAUACUUGUAUAUGAUCCAAAAGAAAGACUUACACCAAACCAAGCAUUAAAUCAUCCAUUUUUUACUUUUAAAAAUAUUAAUGAUGUUACACCAAAAGAUUUUUAUGAAUGGACUCCUCCUGAAAGAGAAUUUCCUUUUAAAGUUUAUGGUCAUUCAGUUUCUGCAGACCCUGAAGAUAUGUUAUCAGAUGCUUUUGAAAAUAAAGUUAUUAUUAAUAAAAAAUUAACUAAUUCAGAAUAUUACAAUGUUUUCUUCACAUUAUUACAAGCUGGACAUGUACCUAAUAUUACUAUUGACAAUCCUUUUGAAUAUGGAAGCAUUACACCAAAACAAUUUAUUAGAGUAUUUAAUCAUCAAUUUUCAAAACCUUCUAUUCCUAAAGUUUCUACUGAUGUUCCACGUUCAUUUGUAGCUCAAAUAUAUUCUGUACCAGAUUCUUUUAAUUCUGUUACUAUUAAAAAAGAAGAAAAUCCAUUAACAAUAAAACAUUGUAACCAAAGUAAAAUUAUAAUUCAUCGAAUGACAGAUAAUAAAUAA